UAUCUUACGAACGUAGCAAUUUAUUAUAAGCGUAGUUACAAAGUUAUGAUCAAAUAAACAUUAUUGCAUUGAUUUGAACAUGAAUUUAUGAUUGCAGUUUGUAUUUGCUUCUAGUUUUUUUUAUUAAAAAAAAAAAAAAAAAAAAUCGUAUCUAUGGCAGUACAAUUGAAUUGUGGUUACUUAACAUCAUGUUUAGGAAUAAUAAAAAUUCUUGAGGGUAUAUGCACUUUGGCAGCAUUUGUGUGUAUGAUUGAUGCAAAUUUUUAUCGAGGAAUCAGAGAAAAUUUUUUUUUGGGAGUAAACAUUGCCUCGUUUAUUUUUGUUUUGGUCUGGUUUUUUUGCUAUCUUUUUAUGCUGUGUCAUCAUUUUGACUUUGCUAACAAAGUGGUUAUUUUUGUAAUUGUUCAUUUGCUUUGGUUUGUAUUGUUAUUGAUAUCUGGAGCUCUAGUCGCUGCACAAGCAGCUCGAUUUACAUCUUGGCAAUGCAAGUAUAAUAAAAGUUGUUCAAUUUACGAAGCUGCAGGGGGUCUAGGAAUAGUUGCAUCAUUUUUAUUUUUGAUUGACGCUAUUUUGAUUUGGAAAAGCAUGAAUACAGUUACGGGAACAACGUCGAGUAGUCGGACAGUUACAACAACCAAAACUGUUGUUAAGACAACAAGAAAAGUUUGAAAAAAUUGUAAAACUUUAUUUAAUUUUUAUAAUGAUUUUUAAAGAAAA